AUGCAGUCGAAGCGCCUCAAAAUCAACAAGUGGCAGGUACCUUCUCUUGUCAACGCCAUUCUCUCGUCUUUUGGUUUACCGUCUCCACCUUCUGUUACUAAGCAGUUUGCCGCUCGACUUCAACUUCUGGAUGCUCCUGGUCUUCAUGUUGACUAUUGGGCUCACCAGAAAACAGAUCUGCUGGCCAGCUUGGCUGGUUACACGGCGUUUGUAUCUCGUCAUAGGCAAGUCACGUUAACUGGUGGAGUUAUCCUUUCGCCUGUGUUGCGUCUGCAUUCCUCCGAGAGAAAAGACAUUUUUUUGCAGGAAAUGUCGGAGGAAAAGCAAACGCGCGAGCAAACAGGAAAAAUAUUCGGCAGACCGCAGCCGCGUGCUACUCCGGCCGCUUCUCGUGAGAUGAAACAGAAGAACCAAGUUAUUGUUCCUCCUACUCCCCAUUUUCCAUCAAGAGUAGCGAACAAGAGGAAACUGGUAAAUACUGGAGAGCUCCCAUCGGUGUGGGAGUUCCUUUCGCCGAGGGAGAAGGACAUCAAUGGACAAGGAACAAGAAAGCAAGAGACCCUAGAGUCAAAGAACACGGUGUUUUUUGACGAAGUAGAUGAUGGAAGGAACGGAGACGCAUUAUCUGUAGACGAAGACAGGGCACAAUGUGACGUCACCUGGCAAACGCUCUACCCUCCUCCUGUCCCUCUCCACUUGGUUCCCUCUCCAAGGAAAGGACCACACAUUGUAUCAGACAAACCGUGAAAACUGAUGUCAACAAUAUCGAAUAAUUUAGACGGUGGGACAACCCUUGCGUGUUUCCUCCUUGUGUUGUUCACUGAGUCGUUCAGUAUUCGUCUUCGUGAUUCUAUUCUCUCGGCACUAAGUCUUGCGUGGCUGAAUGUGGAGAGAAGCAUGCAUAUCAUGCGUGGCUCGACUCGGGGUAUCAUGGUAAGUUUGGCUGGUGUAUCUACCUGACGCUUUGCUUAUUUCGCUCCUCCAAAAGUGUUCUAGGCAAGUGCCUUACCAAAAUACACAUUAAUACAGUUUUGGGGAGUUCAUGUUCUUCGUUGGUUUAAUUGAGACGGAG